GAAAUGAUUCAGAGAUCAAUUGAUGAGCCGAGUUGUUCACUUGUCAGUGCAGUGGUUAUAUAUAUACAUGCGCGCUAAUACAUACAUAUAUAUAUAUAUAUAUAUAUAUUCAUGCAUAUAUAGAUAGUAGAUUAUGGAAGCGUUCGUUAUUUAUAGCGGUAAUGGUACUUCCGUGAGGUUUCCUCAUACUUCACUAACUGGUUGCUCGUCUUUUUUGGAUCAUCAUCUGAGUAAAAGGAUUGUAGAAGUGGGCAAUACAGAGAGGAACAACAAGAAGACAUUUUCAUUGACUAGAUCAAAGCCUCACUGGUCCAAUUUCAAGCUUCAAGCACUUCAGGUAGGUGCUGACAAGACAGAAGGUUCAACUAGUUUGGGAUUCAAGGAUAUUGCGUGGCCUUCUCCUAGUGACGAAAUUCCUUUCUGGAAGAGGGACUUUCCUUCAUGGGAUAUCAGCUCCAAAGUUCCUGUUGACAUAGAAAAGGAUUCCGAUCUUAUGCAUAUAGUUCAUGUGACAGCUGAAAUGGCACCUAUAGCAAAAGUUGGUGGUCUAGGCGAUGUUGUAACUGGACUUGCUCAUGCAUGUUUAUUGCGUGGCCAUAAAGUGGAUAUCAUGUUGCCUUUCUAUGAGUGUAUUCAGAAGCAGCAGAUCGAUGAGUUGGCAUUGAUCACGUCAUAUAACUCAUAUCAUGAUGGAAAUUGGGUCCCUACAAGUGCAUAUCAUGGGAUAGUUUCAGGCAUCCCAGUGAUAUUUAUUGAAACAUCUAACUACUUCUUUAAGGGGAAAAGCAUAUAUGGAGGCUCAUACAAUGAACUGGAGGCGUAUUUGUUUUUUACCCGUGCUUGCCUUGAAUGGAUGCAGGUUACUGGAACACAGCCUGAUAUCAUACAUGUCCAUGAAUGGCAGACUGGUGCUUUGCCCUUGCUUUACUGGGAUAUGUACCAUCAUCUCUCACUCCAGAAACCCAGAAUAGCAUUGACAAUUCACAACAUGGAGCAUUAUGGGGAAUGCAGCAAAGAACAACUCAGUAAGUGUGGUCUUGAUGGAUCUCUAUAUGCAACUAUUGACAAGGCUGUUGAUGAACGGACUAUUGGCCAUAAUCCUGAGAGGUUGAGCAUAUUGAAAGGAGGCAUCGUGUACAGCAAUGCGGUAGUUACAGUUUCUCCAACAUACCUCAAGGAAACACUCUGUUCCGGAUGGCUUGCAAGCACUUUGAUAAGACAACGUGAUAAGUACUGUGGUAUUUUAAAUGGGAUAGAUACUGAGAUAUGGAACCCCGCUACGGAUGUUUUCUUGCCAGCUAAAUUUCAUGCUCAUAAAACUGAGGGGAAGAAGAUAUGCAAACAUUUCAUUCAAAGAGGGCUUGGUUUCCCUUCAGAAGGCGCUAAAGCUGGAAUCAAUGUGCCUGAUAUUACAAGCAAGGUGCCAUUGGUUGUAUGCGUUACUCGAUUGGUUGCCCAAAAAGGUCUUCAUUUGAUUAAUCAUGCAAUUAAGCUUGUCGAAGAACUAGGUGGACAGAUGGUUGUGCUUGGAAAAGCUCCAGAUGGUCGGGUUGAAAAAGAAUUUGAAGAUCUUGCAAAUUUGCACAACCAAGGUCCCAGCAUCCGGAUCCUUUUGAUGUACAGCGAGGAGCUGUCACAUAUGCUUUAUGCUGCGGCAGACAUGGUAUUGGUUCCUUCCAUAUACGAGCCAUGUGGACUUACUCAGAUGAUUGGAAUGCGAUACGGAGCGGUCCCGAUAGUUAGGAAGACCGGUGGUCUUGCUGACACAGUCUUUGAUAUGGAUGAUCAGGCAAACCCUGAGAUGGCUAACGGGUUUGUUUUUGAUGGAAUUGACGAAGGAUCCUUGAGCUGUGCUCUUGACCGUGCAUUCUCGCACUACCGAGAGAAACCAAAUGAAUGGAAUGACAUUGUUCGGAAGGUUAUGGAAAUUGAUAAUAGCUGGAGUAACAUGGCUGGGAAAUACAUUGAUGUCUACAAAUCUAUAAGAGCAAGAGUGUAAUUGUACAUUCUGUUUGUGGUACUCCAAUUGAAGGAUGCUGCUUGUUCUACCAAUUGGGAAAAUGAGCUUUUCCCCCUGGAGCUAAUCCUUCUUUGAACUCUUGCAAAAGUUGAAAGCACAGUGCUAAAUAAAUAAUUGAGCUGGCAUCAAAAGGCAGAAAUUCUACCAUCAUCAACUAUUUGCAUUAUAUGAACAGGAUCUGUUGUGUUAUUUCUGUAUUACAUGUGUCUUUAUAUGUGUAAUUUCAGAAUCCUUUGGAAGCUAGGCUGGCUAAUGAAGUGUCUUUGGCAAGUUUUUCUUC